AUGGAUUCAGUAUGGCGAAGAGGCAAAGGUGGAGUUGCAGUUUUGUGGCGAAAAGAGUUAAAUGCAAGAAUUAAUAUCUUAGAGGAACUGGGAAAUGAUAGAAUUAUUGUUGCGCAGGUACGGUUAUCACUAGCCUGCAUAGCAGGCGGUAUUCGCGGGCACGAGAGAAUGGGAAGCUUGAAAUACCGCCUGCCCAAAAACUACACAUUCUGAGUUCUCCCCGGCAGCUGGGUGCCGGAGCAUUCUGAUUGGUAGCCUGCGUAGCAGGCAGUAUCUGAUUGGUCAGAAUGUUGAUUUUGAAUUUUUGAUUGACAGGAGUACAGAAUUAGAAUAAUUAGUGCUAAUUUUAGAAGUUACUGUCGUAUUUAUAAUAUAAACUAUUGUUAUUUUCGUAAUUGAUACCGAUAUAUCGAGUGAUGGCAUACACUAACCAAAAAAUAACGAAUGUAUUAAUUGAGAAUUAAGCGUUGAAUUCUUUAAUCUUUAUCUGGAAUCGGAAAUCGCUUCGUCUUGAAGAAUGAACAACGAAUAUCAAUCCAACAUUUGUUGCUUGAAGAUGUGAUACCGUGAUAAAAGUGCAGAUUUGAAGAUACAGGCUCGUAAAUGACACUCUAAGUCGUGUUUUUGAUAGCGAUUGGAACAAGCCUAUUACAAAGUUACGUCUGAAGGGGCCGAAGUUGUGUUCGGCGAAAGGUAUGGCUAGUCUAUAUUUUUGUUCAGACAAUUGCGUAAUUUGAUAAUACACGAACUCGCUUGACUUUCAAAGCUCAUAAAUCGCUAUAAUGUUGACAUCGACUAAAACUAUCGCUAUGAAUGAGGACAUAUUGUUACACUGAAUCGAACGUGGUAUUUUUGUCUUCAUAGCAUUGAAUGAACCGAAGAUAUGAAACGUCAAAGCCGUAUAUUUGCACUGGUGUAAAUACGUGAGUUUGACAAAUAAUUAAAAUAAAUACAUUACUGUAAGAUGGGCGGGACCAUGCGGUGGGCGGAACUCAGAAUGUGUAGUUUUUGGGCAGGCGGUAUUUCUAGCUUCUACCGCCUGCUACGCAGGCUAGGUUAUCACCUACUGUAUGCAUGUUUAUUUUGAGUGUUUACCUACCAUCUUCUAACACUUCAAUCACAAAAUAUCGAGUGUCUCGAAGUCCUUGACGAUGUAGUUGACAACUUGUAUGAAAAGGGAAUUAUUGUUCUGGCAGGAGAUUUUAAUGGUCAUAUUGGAAAAUAUGGUGGGCCUCGAAGUUUUGAUACUACAAAUCGACAAGGACUAGCCCUUAUCGAUAAGUUCAAAUUUUGGAAUUUGAGAUCUGUCAACUCACAAACAUUUACCACUGGACCAGUGGAAACCUAUUUUGCUCAACAAGGUGAGCAGUUAAGCACAACUGACCAUAUAUUUAUGAAAGUGGAUGAAUUGCAUCAUGUUCGUUACUGCUAUGUGGACGAAGACCACAGUGAUAACUUAUCCUUCCAUCUUCCUAUAUGUUGCUGCUUGACAUUUCCUGUCAAAUGGAUAAAGCCUCUUCCCAAUGAUACGAAACGUCGUGUCUCGUGGAAAAAGAUCCAGAAUCCAUUCGUCUUGAAAAUGUAUCAAAAACUUGUGAGUAGAAAACUUUCAUGUUUCAACUCCUAUACGAUGGCUGGUGAACAGGAUAUUGAAUACGUUUUAUCUGGAAUUACACAGAUCUUAUCAUCUUCUGCUAAAGAGAUUCUGCCCUGCAAGAGAAAUCGCCCCAUUCUACGUCCUUAUUGGAAUAAUGAUCUCAAAAAUGCGCAUACAAAGUCAAGGGAAUGUCGAAGGAAAUGCAUAGCAGAAGGGCGACCGAGAAAUUCUGAUAACGCAUCAUUUCGAGAAUAUAAGGCAGCAAAAUGUGAAUUUCGAAAACUUUUACGUAGAAAAUGUUUUGAACACGAAAGAAAUGAAUUCUCCAACAUGGAUGAAUUUUAUGAUAAAGAUCGUUCACGCUUCCAGAAAGAAAUUUCAGCUAAACAGAAAUCAUAUUCAGGGGUAUGUAAUGAAUUAAAAAUUGAUGGCAGAUUAAUUACUGAGAAAGAGGAACUUCUAUCCGUGUGGAAAGCUCAUUAUGAACAACUAUAUACGCCUAAAGAGUCCCCUGUAUAUGACGAACAAUUUAAAGUUUUUGUGGAACAACAGCUGAAAUAGUAUGUGGAUCUUAGUGCUAAUGUUACCAAUGACGUAUUAGAAACACCGUUUACUACAGAGGAAGUAAGCAACCUUUGUUUAAAGUUGCCAAAUAACAAAGUUGGUGGAAUGGAUGAACUUGUAUACGAACACGUCAAGUAUGCUGGAAAGCAGUUCUUUGCUGUCCUGACUGACGUUUUCAAUGCAAUUAGAGCAUUGGAAGCUAUUCCUAAAUCUGCCGAAAUUGGUGUUAUCUAUUCCCUAUUUAAAGGGAAAAAGAAGAAUAAACUAGACAAAGAUAAUCACAGAGGUAUCAUCCUUCUUAAUGUUAUUGGCAAAAUAUUAGAACGACUUAUCCUUGAUCGAAUGAUGCCAAUAUUAAUUAAAAAUGGAGUUCCAGAUAAGAUGUAA